AUGAUCGCCGAGCAAUACGGCCAGAUCCGCUCGAUCCACAUCCGCUCCCUCACCCAUCCGCGAUUCCCUUGCGCCGGGGACGAUUGCCCAUACUGUGAGCAAUAUCUGGAUCGAUUUGAGAAUACCGGCGACCCGCUCCUCGACUUCACUUUGCCUUAUGAUACCACUGAUGGUUACGUGACGAUGCGUAGCGGACUCACACAAGUAAAUUUGGACCAGACGCCUAACGGAAUGGACAUGGUAUCUGCUAUCGAAGAAACUGCCCUCCCUGAUGAUGAUGACGACGAUAGUGAUGGUCAACACAACGCUGAAACUCCAGCUCCCCAAACCGAGAUAGCGGAGACGGUGGAAAAAACGCCGCACACCGAACUCCACGAUCAUCACGAAUCGUCUGGCGUCGAAAUCAGCAUGUCCGUUGCGCCGCCACAUGAUCGCGCCGAACUCCACGAUCAUCACGAAUCUUCUGGCGUCGAAACCACGCCCAUCGGCCGCGACAGGAUUCUGAACAAGGAGGAGAAGAAGAAGAAGAAGAAGAGGGAUCACUCAGCUUCUGGUGCGAUUUUCGACGAGGUGCGCGCAAGUUCCCCGAAUAAUUCGUCUGGCUACCAGUGGGAGUCUGCCGCCGGCGGAUCCUUCCUCGUCCGCACCGUCGAGGACCCCGAGGUCACUCGCGGUACCAAGAUCGUCCUGCACAUGAAGGAGGACCAGGUCGAGUACCUUGAGGAGCGCCGCGUCAAGGAGAUCAUCAAGAAGCACUCGCAGUUCAUCGGCUACCCGAUCAAGCUCGUCGUCGAGAAGGAGCGCGAGAAGGAGGUCGAGGACGACACCCCGGAAGAGGAGAAGAAGGAUGAGGAUAAGAAGGAGGGCGAGGUCGAGGAUGUCGGUGAGGAUGCUGAUGCCGAGACCAAGGACAAGAAGAAGAAGAAGAUCAAGGAGAAGUACUUCGAGGACGAGGAGCUCAACAAGACCAAGCCAAUCUGGACCCGCAACCCAGACGACAUCUCCAACGAGGAGUAUGCCGAAUUCUACAAGAGCUUGAGCAACGACUGGGAAGACCACCUCGCCGUCAAGCACUUCAGCGUUGAAGGUCAACUCGAGUUCCGCGCCCUCCUCUUCGUCCCGCAGCGUGCUCCUUUCGAUCUCUUCGAGAACAAGAAGUCCAAGAACUCUAUCAAGCUGUACGUGCGCCGUGUGUUCAUCAUGGAGAACUGCGAGGAGCUGAUGCCCGAGUACCUCAACUUCGUCAAGGGUGUCGUCGACUCUGAGGACCUCCCGCUCAACAUCUCCCGUGAGAUGCUCCAGCAGUCCAAGAUCCUGAAGGUCAUCCGCAAGAACCUCGUCAAGAAGUGCAUGGAGCUCUUCGACGAGAUCGCUGAGGACAAGGACAACUUCAAGAAGUUCUACGAGCAGUUCGGCAAGAACCUGAAGCUCGGCAUCCACGAGGACUCCACCAACCGCAAGAAGCUCUCCGACUACCUGCGCUACGCCUCCUCGAUGGUGGAUGAGCCAACCUCGCUGAAGGACUACGUCUCCCGCAUGAAGGAGAACCAGAACCAAAUCUACUACAUCACCGGCGAGUCCAAGGACCAGGUCUCCAACUCCGCCUUCGUUGAGCGUGUCCGCAACCGUGGCUUCGAAGUCUUGUACAUGAUCGACCCGAUCGACGAGUACUGCGUCCAGCAGCUGAAGGAAUACGAGGGCAAGAAGCUCAUCUCCGUCACCAAGGAAGGACUCGAGCUGCCCGAGACCGAAGAGGAGAAGAAGAAGUUCGAGGAGGACAAGGUCAAAUACGAGGUCCUCUGCAAGGUGAUCAAGGACAUCCUCGAGAAGAAGGUCGAGAAGGUCACCAUCUCCAACCGCCUCGUCAACUCGCCAUGCUGCAUCGUCACCUCGGAGUACGGAUGGUCCGCCAACAUGGAGCGCAUCAUGAAGGCCCAGGCCCUCCGGGACUCCUCUACGAUGGGAUACAUGGCCGCCAAGAAGCACCUCGAGCUCAACCCCGAUCAUCCAAUCAUCAAGACCCUUCUCUCCCGGGUCGAAGUUGACAAGAACGACAAGGCCGUCAAGGACCUCGUUGUUCUGCUCUUCGAAACGGCCCUCCUCUCCUCCGGCUUCUCCUUGGAAGAGCCGGCCGCCCACGCCGCUCGCAUCUACCGCAUGGUCAAACUCGGGCUCGACAUCGGUGGUGACGACGACGAGGAUGAGGAAGACGCGCCCGCCACUUCUUCAGCCGAAGCCCCCAAGCUCGACGGAGAUGAGGAGGAUGCGUCCCGCAUGGAAGAGGUCGAU